UUUUUCUUCAGGCAACGGGGGUCUUAGUCUAACCCACCAGAUUCUAUUUCGAAUCUCCUCUCUCACAUCCAUCGUUCGCCGUGGUCCUUCAACCAUCUUGUCAAACUUUACCACUCGUAGUCGGGCCUCCAGUUGUUUGUGUCGUUAUCCCUUCUCUUCUGCACGGUCCCCUUGCGCGUGUUGGUACCCUCCCUCCGUCGUCUGAUUACAGAUUGAUCCAUUCAAUCCACAAGUGUCGUCUGCGUGUGGGUCGUUUUCUUCAUGUGGUGUGCAGUGUGGGGGCUGGCGAGCGAGCGAGCGCGCCAAUGCGGAUGACAAUGGUCAUUGUUGCUUGAGGGUGCUGGAUUUCCCGUCUUUGUUAGAUACUUAGGAUUGCCCACACUGGAGGUGAGAGUUGUAUCACUUAUAGGGUUCUUCUAGGACACGUAUGGCUAGCUGGAGCUGUCGCAGUGAUUUUAUGCUAUGACCCCGGUAGAGUUACGAUGGAGAUUUUUGUUCAAUUAAUGGAUCGGACUGAGGGCCAGGCGAGGGUUGAAAGACCUGUUGCUAGGGUUGUUGGAAAGUUGCGAAACGGAGUCUGAUCUGGGAGGUAGAGAGUGAGGAGAGGAGGACAUGGCGUCAUUUCGUGGAUCCAAAGCGAUGACAGGGGGCAAUGGGGUGGCUCCAGAGGUCGACCCCGCGUUAUACCGCAACUUGGUGGAGAUGAUUCCGUUGAUGGAGAGCUUUAUGGAGCAGCAGGGGUCCCGGACUAGUAUGUUUGGCCACCAAGCUUCUAUGAUUUACACACCUGCACCACUUCGAGAAUCUUUGUACAAGCCUUAUGAAAGCCCUCUGAAAGCAAGGAAGGUGCCCUUAACCCCAAAGCGUACACCUACUCGUGAGCUUAAUCGUGAAGAACCUAAAGAAGAGUGUCGUUGGGAGGAAAGCGAGAACAUUCUUCGACGCAUUGAGGGGGAUACUGCUCCAGAGGACGUUAGCAAAGAUACUCGUCACCUCCUCGUGGAAAUUGAAGAACUGAAACAGAAGUUGUGGGAGAAGGAUUGUCUAUUAGAGACACUUAGUCAGCGAUCCAAUCAGCCUCUUGAAUCACAUGGUUCUCAGACAGACGAUAGUCAAAAGCCUACGGAGAAAGAGACAACAGACACAACAAGCUGGCAAUCGAAGGGUACAGAGGGAAAUGAUCCACAGGGAGGAUCUUUUGAGUUCGACAGGCAACUCGGAAACAAUGCAUCUCAUGGCAAUGGCAUUAAUGUAGUCAAAGAGAAGUCCGCGGACAUGAAGUUGUUACAGGCCCAAAUAGAUGAGCUGCGUCAGGAACUGGCUGAGAAAGAUCGCUAUGUUCAGUCAGCUCAACUUGAACUGCGUGAACAGCAGCAAGGGCUUGGAGAAAUGAGGUUGUUAUUGGAGCAAGCAGAGCGUGGUAUAGUUAAGACAAACCAUAAAGCAAACAGUAUGGAAGCAGAAUUGAAUACUCUACGUUGUCAAGUUUUGACGUUGCGUUAUCAGCUUGAUGCUGUCGACGCUACUGAGCUCGCCGAUGCCAACCAGUCAGAACAGCAGGAUGAUGCAGACACACCAUACCGAGUGGAUAUGGUCUCCACCAUUGCAUCAGAAGAGGUGGAACAGCAGACUACGUUUCUGGUAUGUGUCUCAGGCCCAAACGAUGAAGAGCAAUUGACCCCUGUCCUAGAAGGAUCCAAGGAAGAGAAAGAAAAGAUAGAGCUUGCAACACGUAAAUAUGAGGCAGCUGUCAUUGCUGCUCGAGAAAGGCCUAGUGGGGAAUCUCUUAUGAUGGUUGCUGAGUGCCGAAAGCAGCUGAAUGACUAUCUGAAAGAUGCCCUUGCGAUGCAAGAUUUUGGUUCACAACUUUGAUUUCCUAAAAUCUCAUCUCUGCACCUUGAAGACAUCUCCAUGUAGUACAGCUGUUUUGUGACUCUUGGAUAAGCACUCUCUUCUCAGUUGAAUAGUGUAGGACACAUGAAGUCACGGAAUAAUUCUUUUGUUGAUGGGUUAGCAUUUCAUCGGUACCAGUUCAAGUAUAUAGAUACCCUUGUUUCUAAGAAAGAUGUGAGCAGAUGUAUAAUCAGGGACCUGAUGCAAUUCCACAACAGACUUGAAGCACGUGUUCUGGAUUAUAUAAUAUAAUCAGUUAUGAAAAAAAUGGCCUAGCUUAUUAUAUAUUACAGGCAUUAAGGGUUAGGUCUUUCUUGCAAUAAUGUAUUCUCUACACUUCUUUAACAACGGUAUUGGAGUGAUGUAGCAGGGACACUGUGAACUCACAUAACUGUUGAUUGAAUCAUAA